AUGCCAGGAGAUUCUGAUGGCAGCGCAAGCGGCACUGCGGCAAGUGCCAACGAAGAUCGAGGCAGUGGAUUUUGGACGUUGCUUCCAAGCUUUGAUCCCUCUGCAGAUGAUCCGAGAGAAUAUCGCGACAAGGUGACGUUUUUGAAACAAGUGUGCCCGACGAAGGACCGCGGCAUGCUUGCGCCGAGGCUGGCGCUGUUGUGCAAAGGAACGGCUUGGAGCCAGGUCAAACAGAUCGAGGCAGCAAAGCUGACAGAUCCGGAGAGUGGCGUGGAAGUGCUUCUUCAGGCACUGGCUUCUUGGGAUGAGUCGGCAGAGCUGCAGACCUAUGAGAGGUUCGACAAGGCAAUUUAUCGCACGCUCCAGAAGAAUGAUGAGUCGACAAUGUCCUUCAUGAACAGGCUUGGCGUAGCCUUCCAUGAGCUUGGGGACAAGAUCACGAUCAAAGAGCUCCAGGCCUUCAUCCUUCUUCGGCAAAGCUCGCUGACGAGUGAAGACAAAAGAAAGGUGAUCACGUUGACCGGUGGAACCCUUGAAAUCCAGAAGGUGGAACAGGCAAUGCGGACAUUGUCAACAAAGAUUCUUUCCUCUGCAGGAGAAAUCAAGAAGAAGACCUAUCCGGCCAACUAUGUCGACGACGACGAGGAAGACAUCAACCUCACCGAGGAGGAUGCCGAUGAAGAGUCUCUCCUGGCCAACGUCGCCGAGGCCGGGGACGAAGACGCCAUUUUUGUCCUAGAGUACGAAGACCAGAUCCUGGACCUCGUUCAAGAACUUCCUGAGCUAGCUUCUUGUUUCUCGGCCUACACAGCCGCACGCCAACGUUUGCGAGAUCGACACAAAGGAAGGGGCUUUUGGCCACCACGGUCAGCAUCCAAGGGCGGCAAGGGCAAAGGUGGCGGCAAGAAAGGUCGGGGGAAAGGCAAUCCUCUCCGCAAGUCACUUGCAGAAAGGAUCGCCAGCAGCAAUUGCAGGAUCUGUGGUCAGCGUGGGCAUUGGCGGGCAGAGUGUCCGCAGAACAAAGGCUCUUCCUCCGACAAUCAGGGCCCCGAGACCUCCAACCUGGUGAUGUAUGCCUCCGAGACCGUGGACGAGCCCGAGAUCAUGGACAAGCUUCCUUUCGCCGUGGCCAUGACCGAGAACGAGAACCAGCCGGAUGUGAAGAUCAACAAGCCACCGCUCGAGAGCAUCCUUGGCGAGCCCCUGAUAGGGACAGACGACGCGUCCCUAUCCCUGGAGAUUGCCGAGGCCCCAAACUUUGCCAACGCCAUCGAGCAGGCCAAGCUUCGUCGCAAGAAAGCAGCUCAGGAGGAGACCGAGCGCACGCAGGAUCACCUCGCCCACAUGCCCGACAACCGGGGAUCCGGGACAGUGAUGCCAAAGAUGUCUCAGGGGUACAUGAAGGACACCCUCGACGAGAAGGACCAGAAGCCUCUGCCACCACGCCGUGGGCAGAGAGGUACAUCAGCAAGCUCCAGCAGCCAGAAGAGGGCAACCUCCUGGGAUGUGAUCGAGAACGAACAGCUGAAGGGCAUGUCACAAGACGGGGGGAGUCAGGAGCAGAUCAUGUCGAUUCAGACCCAGAUUGCAAUUCUCCAGCGCGAGCUGUCCCGUCUUCAGGGAGAGCAGUAG